GGUUGUCCAAUGUCGAAGUCCGAUUGUGCAAAGACGAGUACUGACUACCGAGUAGAUUUUAGACGAGGAAGACGCGGUCCAUUAUAAUAAAAUAUAUUUUUUAGUUAUAAAUAAUAAAUUCGAGAGCGGUGUGACUGUGUGAGGCAAGUCGUCGUCGAUAAACAGUAAAAACAUAGCUGAUAUCGUUGUCGGCAAACGGCUUAGCGUAAACGGUAAACGCACUUACGUACGGCGUACGUCGUACGCACACGCGCGCGCACUGCACGUUUUUAUUUAUGUUUUUUAUUUUGUGUUGUCGUUUUACAUAGUAUAAAAUUACAAUAGAAUAAUAUAAUAGCGCUGAUCCGGUCGAUGUGUUAUUAAUAAUAAUAGUUCCUAAACAAUAAACGACGUCGGCCCGACUCAGCGGCGGAUUAUUUUUUCUCGGAUAAGUGCGCGUUCCGUUUUCCUUUGAACGGGACUUCGUCAAAUACGUCGUCGAUCGCCGUUGUUCCAGCUGCUACUCCAAUAACUACCAUAGUACCACUGUCAUUGCUGCUGUUGCUAAUAUAUUCCAUUAAUCAACUACUUGAUACUCGCACUAGUCAAUUGCCACCUAGUACUACAACACAACCGUCUACGAUAAAAUUGCUAUAUAGUUGCUACAAUUACUACUAUUUUUACUACUAUUAUAGUGUAGUGUGCCAUUACUCCUACUUCUGAGGGGCACUGUACGUUUUUCAAGUCUUUUAGGUUAGGUAAAUUAUCCUUACUAGGUACGAUGUUUGAGUAUUUCUUGUACUUGUAGUUGUUUUUGUUGUGCCGUAAUAUAUUUAUAUAGGUACCUAUAAUAUUUUAUACAUAAACACUAUUACGCAUAGUUACUAAUAAAAACAACACUUGGCAAGUUUUACCAUAUCGCUUAGUUUUAAAUUGGCAGUUAUGUAUUCAGACGUGAUAGAGUCACCAGCAAAGGACUGUUUCCCCUUCAAUGAUCAGUCUACACCUUAUGACAUGGCCGAGGUGAAUGAGAUUAGUAAUCAAGCCAAUUUGGAUUAUAUUUUUGAUUCAUAUUAUUCGUCGGUAUCAAGAUAUAAUACAGGGUUUGAACUUCCAGAAGAUUGUAAAAAUAUGAGUUUUUCAGAACUAUUUGACCAAGAACUGUUUAGUACUCAUGAAAAUAAAGACUGUCAAAUCACAAUUAAAAUUGAAAAAGAAGAACAGUUAAAUGAAUGUUAUUCUGCUGAUAAUUCUGUAGAUACUGCUGAUAGUCUUAGUUUUGUAAAAAUAGAAGAAAAUAUUCCUUCUUCAUCAUUAUCAAAAAGUUUUGCUCCGAAGCGAGGCAUUAAUAGAACUUCUAUAAAAACAAUGGGAACUUCUGAUGUCAAACAUCUCAUACAUAAUCCUUUUUGCGAAACAGAACAGGUUAAUAAUCAAAUGUUGGGGUAUAUUAAUUCAUCUAUUGUAAAAUGUGAAGCUGAAGAUGUCAAAGAUAAUGUUGAAGAAAACUUGGUUGAAAUGGAAGUAAAUCCAUAUUAUUCUGCUGAUGGUUUACGAAAUAACACAGGUUUGGAAAAAAGUGAAGAACAUAUUGUUUCAUCUUCGUUAUUUAAAAGUUCUACUCCAAAGCGUCGAGGAAUUAACAGAAUUUCUAUUAAAACUCCUGAUAAUUCUGACGCUAAACAUCUUUUUAAUCCUUUUUGUGAACCAAAAGAUUUAGCAAAUUAUCAAAUUCCAGCUAAAGUUCAAACACCAAUUAUUAAAUGUGAACCUAUAGAUGAAAAUGAAACUAUUGAAGAAACUAUUGUUGGCCUUCAUUAUUCUCCUAAUGAUUCACAAACUACAUCAAAUAGUCACAAUAUGGUGAAAGUGAAAAAUAGUGUCAGUAAAUAUGGUUUGCAAAGUACAAAUAGUAGUCAUAAUGUGGUUAAAGUUAUAGAUAGUGUUACUCCUUUAUUAUUAAAAAAAUCAACUUCAAAGUGUCAGGGUAUUAAUAAAAUAUCUUUAAAAACUACCAAUAAUGUUAAUCAUCCUAGUAAGUCAAAACAUUUAGGUACUAAUCAAAUCUCUGUUAAAGUUCAAACACCAAUAGUGAAAAUUGAACCGGAAAAUGUAGAUAAGUCUAUUGAAAAACCCAUUGUUAAGAAAGAAGUGAAACCUUGUUAUUCUGCUGACAACUUGAACUGUACAUCAAAUAACCGCAAUUUUCUAAGAGAAGAAAUUAGAUUAUCAUCAUUAUUAAAAAAUUCUGCAUCUAAGCGUCGAGCUAAUAAUAAAAAGUCUAUAAAAGCUACUAAAAAUGAUAGUGUUAAACACAUAGCACAUAACUUUCAUUUUGAACCAAAACAAAUUAGCAAUAAUCAAAAUUCAGUAGAACUUGCAACAACUGUUAUAAAACGUGAACCUGAAGAUUUCUAUGACACUAGUAAAGAAAAUAUUGAAAUGAUGACUAAUCCAUCCUAUUCUUCUUCGAAUGGUAUAAAAAGUAAGGCUGUAAGUCAUAGUUUAGUAAAAAUUGAUAAAAUUGUUUCAUCACCAAAAGGUUUAGCUUCUCAACAUCGAAGCACUAACGGCAAUUCUAUCAAAACAACUGACAAUUCUAAAAACCACUUAAUAUGCAACCUUAAUUACAAACCAAAAGAUCUAGGUAAUAGUCUAACUUCAGUGAAAUAUAAAAUACCCAUUAUAAAACGUGAACCUGAAAAUGAUAAUAACACUAUUCAACCAAACGCCUUAAAUAAUUUAAAAUCUGAAAAAGAAAUAAAGUUUGUUGAUUCAAAUGAAAUUCAUUCUUCUGAUUUAAUUAAUAAAAAUGCAGAAAGUCAAGAAAUUAUCAUAAAAAACAUGGUAACAAUUGCAUCUUCAAUAAAAACUGAGGAUAUAGAUUAUCAAACAGAUAAAAAAAAAAUUUCGUGGGAAGAAUUUAGAGCAAAAAGAGAAAAAAUGGGUUUGAUAAAUAUUUCAGAAAUUAAAGAAGAGCCUGCAAUAGACAUUGUAGCAACAGAUAAUGUUAAAAUGAAAGCAAUGAAAGAAGAGUUUGAUCGAAACACAGCUGAACAUUUCACUGGCCAAAAAAGAAAGAUUGAUGAUAAAGAAGAACAAAAUACUACUGCUAAAGAAAUAAACAAUGAAGAAGAAGAACUACAAAAAAAGCGGAUGAAAAUUGAAUACAUUAAAAAACUUCUACCAUCAUCUUUUGCAUCAGAAAUAGCAAAGACUUCUAGUUUGAUGAAGGGCAGUUUAGUAGAAGAUAAUGAUAAUGAAAGUACUUCCGAUGAUUCAAUGUUGUCCAAUGAUAAAACACAAGGAAAAUAUCUAAACACACAUGAUAAGUCCCAAAAAAAAGGCCACCAAACUAGAGUGCAUUCGUCUCACCGUAAUUCAUCAAGGUCUGAUUAUAAUAAUAAAAGUAGUCGUUCAUCAUCAACAUCAUCCAAUCCAGAUGAUUAUUAUAAUCGUAACAGAACCGAUGCUCCUUCACAAGGAUCACAAUAUAAUCAAAAUGCACGAAACACUCUUCAAAGGCCCAAAGAACAGAAAAGGGUAGUAUAUGUUGGACAGAUACCAAUCAAACUUGGAAAGCGUUAUUUAUACAAUCGGUUCAAGGAAUUUGGUACAAUACAAUCUUUAACACUUCAUAAAAAACCAGAUUUUCGUGUUUAUUAUGCAUUUGUAACAUAUUCUGAGAAUUCGGAGGCUGACCGUGCUAUCGCUCAUGGAAAUGACGAUGAUACUGAAGUUCAAUUGGAUAUUAGAUUUGGCGAACGAAAACAAACUCAAACUCCUUACUAUGAUUUAGACGAUGAAUGGUUAACCGACUGGUAUGGAUACAAACAACCUUUAGCACCAGUAGUGAAAGCACAAACUCCUGAAAAAGUGUCGUUUGAAGAAGAAUUGCAAGAAUUUUAUAAGCUUGCUCAAAUUAAAAAGUUAAAUAAAAUUAAGUCUUCUCAAGUCUCUUGACAUAGGUUUUUUAUUUUAUUUCAUCUUAUAGUGUUGGAAUAAAAAUGUAAUAAAUACUGUUAUAAUUUUUCUCUUUUUAA